GGUUAGGUAUCCUGGUGGUGGCAGGCUUGUCGGGCUGGUCUGGUCUGUAAUUUCGUUCCGUGGAAGAAAUGCCAUCCCAAACUAAAGCUGGUCUCCGUUCUCCGUAGUUGUGAGGAGAGAGAGACGGGUAUUAGAAAUUCGGGUCGAAGAGACAAGAGCUCUGGUGAAGCUGGUCGAUAAAAGUUGGUGCCGAGGUUGGUGAGAGAAAUGCAGGGGACUGUUAUUAUUAAGGGUAGCAGCAAGGACUCACUGUCUGGUCCCUGAUUAUUGCUUUCUUUCCUCGUCGUGUCCCCACACCCCCACGAGCGAGCUCCGCCUUUCUUUCGCGGUAUCGAUUUCAUGUCAGGUUGAAGGAACGUUUUUCUACGACGAAAGGUUAGCUCGUGGGUGUUGACAAUGUUAUUUUACUGAACAAAGUCAACGUGGUGGUGGUGAGGAUUGAACUAUUUUCGGGUAGGUUGCAUAUGUAUGUACAUCCGGGUAGCCAGAGAUGCACACGCGCUGUUAAACAUAAUGCCCGGCAUGUGGGCUUGACUUUUGUUUUUCCGUAAUUAUGAAAAGAAGAGGGCAAUAGCAGAGAAAGAAGGUACACACACGGGUUGGUUUGGUUGGCUCAUUGAAUUGACAGAUGACGAUUUAUUGGGUGGGUUUGGGUAAAGUAAAGAAUAAUGCGUUGCUCGUGGCGUUGUGGAGAAAGUCGUUCGUCGUUGUCGAAAUAGAUAUGGGGAAAAAUGCUUGUUUUUAGCUUUUCCGACGACUUUUUGGAGCUUGCACACGUUAUCAUUGUCGUUGAACUACUUUCCUUGAUCUAUUCCUGGAAAUGUUGGGAGUUUGGGUGGCUUGGUUGGUGGUGACUCCUUCUUAAUGAGAGUGCAAGUCGAGAUUUUGGGAUAGAUUUCAUGUUUUAGGUAGGUACAUGUACAUGACACAUCCGCUAUUUCUGAGCCAAACUGUUCUGUGUGCCUGCCUAAUUGCGAAGAAAAGAAGAAGAAGAAAAAUAUAUUGAAACGGUGCCCUUUCAUCAUAAUCAUCUUCUUUUCAUUAUUCAGGGAUUAUUAGGAAUCAUAAAGGGAACAAGAAAAUUGCCGGAUUUGGAUUGAAGUCUAUUUUUACAAUUGAUUGGUAUCUUUCAUACACAUCACAAAUCGACAGGAUUCGUUUGAUCAUUUCUUAAUAAAUAAGAGAGGAAGAAGCGAUAUUGAGUGAGUGACAUGAGGAGGAUAUUAAGUCGCGUCGCAUUCAUAUAUUUAUGAACUUUGGAUUCAUACAUUUUUGUGACAAGGUUAUCCAUCCAUCCAUCCAUCCACUCAUCCAUCUUCUUACAGAGUGAUGUUUGGUUUGAGUCUGUUAAACUGUGCUUUUUGCGUCAUUCUCACUGCACGUGUAUGUAUGCAUAGCAUCACUUGUUGCUGCACUUGGCGUUGUUGUUUUGAUGGACGAAAUAUCAGUGAAUUUCCAGUUCCCAGGCUGUUAUUAUUGUUCUUAUUAUUACGAUUCUAAAUAGGAUAUGUGUAGGAAGAAGGAAUUGUUUGUUGGUAUUUUUGUGUAAAUUACGGCAAGGGCACCAGCAAUGUUUGUUAGUAGAGUGGAAUUGUUGACACAACCUGUUAAAAUAAUGAUGAGGUUAAGGAUAUGGGCGCAAUUAUUGAGGUCCUCGAGACCCUGGAACAAUUACCAGUUACAAAGGAAUUGCUUGAGACUACCAGACUUGGCAAGACCAUCAACGUAUUUCGGAAACGUAUCAACGACGAAAAGCUAGCGAAGCGGGCCAAGAACUUAGUGAAGAAAUGGCGCGACGCCGUCCUCGUCAACGAGCAGCAACAGUCUGGCGGUGGGGGCGGAGGGCGACCCGUGAACGGCAACUCGGACGGACUGCACGUUCCUGGCGGCCACCUCCGAUCAAUCGGCGGAUACAACUCGAACUCUUCAAGCCCCCAGUUAAUGACGGCGUCCAGAAUCAGUCCGAACGCCCUGCACAACUCGAACAGCCUCAGCCCCCGCAUUCUCAACAACCUCACGAGCAACAAUAAUAACCGAAAUGGUCAGCAGCAACAGCAAGUCGGUCGAUCGUCCAUACCUUCCGCCGUCGUCGCCGCCGUAUCGUCGCCACGGCUGCAUUCAUCCUCACCUAGUCUACGAGUCAGUUCUCCUUCACAGUUUGGUAACAAAGCAAAAUCUCCCUCCUGUGGACCAAUCAUCAGCUCCUCGCCACUUAACAACAAUAACAAUACCAAUAAGAUGAUGACCAGCACGAAUAGCUACGCGCCCAAUGUCGAGGUCGUGGCGAGAACAAAUGCAGCUAAUAAACGGUUGAGAAUAGAAGAUGGAGCUGAAAGGAUGAAUGCUGGUCCUCCCUCGAAGAAGGCUCGACAUGGAAUCGCGAACGGUGGGAUAUUUGAGGGUACGCUGGACGACCCCUCCCUCGCGCUGCUCGACGACCUCAGUAAAGACUCGAUGACCUCGCGUGCUAGCGACAACAGUGAUGGCUCCUCGUCCAAAGCGGUCAGCAACAUGUCGUCGUCCGCCGUCCUGUCGGGAGCGCCGAGUCCGGCCAGCAUCAUCCUGGGCGACUCGGCCCUCACCUCACCCGCCAUGUCGGGCGGAGAAGGCGAAUCCGCAUCCGAAACCUUACUCUGUGGUCAAGAUGAUAAUAAACCUUCGUUGUUUUCCUCCAUUCCGGAAAAUGAAGGGAGUGCUGUAGAUCAUGGUGCUAACAAUGUCAAUGAUCAACCUCAAGUUAACGUGGUAGCCGAAGUGGUGGCCCCCGUGCAGAAAAGGGGGAGGAAAAAGAAGCAGAAAACGAAUGAGAUGGAUGCUCAAACUUUACGCAUCCACAAGCAAAUCGCUCAGGCCAAGCAAGAAAGCAUGGUUCGGACCGUGCAUCGCCUCUCGAUGGAAAUAUUCGAUGACGACCACCGCUUUCCUCCCACCCCCGACAUUUCUCCCGUCCCACCACCACCCCCACUUGAGCGAAAACCUAUUCCCAAACCUCACAUCACCGCAGCUUUAAGUAGAGACGAUCCCGUCAUGAAAAGUGACUUUGUCAAGGAAUAUCUACACUCUCAGAACAAACAAAUAGAACGUCAGAGGAAUGAGAUUUCCUUGCUUCCUCACGAACCAACCCCUCCUCCACCCCCAGUAAUUCCCCCCACCGCGGAUGAGCCCCUGGACUCCAAAAAGAAGCGGAAACGCGACAAAAAGAAGAAUCGCGGGGAAAACAACGCCACCACAACGAUUUCGUUUCCGACAGAGUCCGAAAUCCUCUCCCGCCUGCCCCCCAUCGACCCUCAGACUUUAGAGGAACUAAAAAACUUCAAAUUCGACGUUCCCUCUGAAGACGAGGAAGCUAAAUCCAAACCUGAAAUAGAGACUGAAAAUGCUACAAGUCUGACUUCAACCAAUGAAAGUAACGCUGAAAAUAUUAAGAAUAACAUUGCUGAAGCUGCACCUCCUCUCAUCGCCAGUAAAAUCGAUUGGGGCGACAGUGAAGAUGAAGACGAUUUUGUGGACGUUUCACCCAAAAUUGAAGACACUUCCGGUCCCGACGACCCAUCAACUAUCCCACAAAUCGUGGUAUCUAGCACCACUCUACCUCAAACAAUUGACGAAAUGGAUACAUCCGAACAAGCAGAAGACCAAGAACAACCGGAAGCUGAUGCUCCUGCUCCGAGAGAGAUCGACGACUCCGAAGUGGAGCGUCUCCACCUCGAGAAAAUCGGCAACCUGAACGGAAAUCUGGAUAAGGACGGUCUCUUCAAAGAAUGGCAAGAGGUCGUGGCAGUUGAGUCGUUUAAAGGAGAUCUUCUUCACAUCUUGCCUUACACUAUAAUCGAUUUUUAAUAUAUUUAUGAUAUCAACCAAAAACAUACCAAUUCUACAAUUUCCUUACUUACUUACGGAGUUAUUAAUUAAUGUACUUGUAUUUUAAGUUUUGCAUACUAAUUUGUCUUUACAUAUUGGAUUUCUUUUAUUCUUUUUUGCCAUUAAUGGUGUUCGUUCUGUGAUUCAUGUUCGAUUGAAUCGCUGUGUUGUAAUAUCGCUAUAAAAUGAUAAUAUUUCUUUUUAAAUAUUGAUGAUAAGGAGAAGGAUGAUGAUAAGCGAUCAAUUAGUAGAGAAAAAAAGUCGAUUAACAAACAAAAAAUAUUAUUCAUUCACUUGGAAUAUUAUUUACUAAUUUUUUGUCCUUUUUUCAGUCCGAUUUGUUAUACAAGUUAAUUAUUAUGCUUAAUUAUGAUUAAUUAAUUAAGACAUGCGCAGUUCAGCAUUCUUAUUACUUUACUUCUUACCGCAUGAUUGAUGUCCACGUUGUGUUCAGUAGUCAGAGUUGAUCCUUGAUUCUGAACUCUCGAUAAAUACAUAUUAAAUGUCGCAACAUGAUUAAAAAAAGCAGAAAGCUCAAAAUUAAAUUUGCAAAAAUUUAAGAAAAAAAUUCUCUUGUUUGAAAAAAAAACUUAUUUUUUAUGGGUUCCCUUAAUCAAAAUGAUUUUUCUAGGAUUUAAAGUUAUCGAAAUUUUAUUCGAUUUCCCGUUUUUUUAUCUAGUUUGAUUUUCCUAAAUCGGAAAUAUUUCUUAUUAAUUGAUUCAUUUAUAAAGGUUCCUAACAAACAGGAAAAUAUGCAUCAUAUUAAAAUGAACCAGCAUAAAUAAUAAUUAAAAAACGGCCAUUAUUUCGGGAAAUUUAACAUAAAUUUCUCUAGAAUUUAGCUGCUUAUCGUUAGAUAUCGAAUAUUAUAUAGUAUUACACAAGUAAAUUUGCAUAAUAAUGACCAAGCAGGUACAUAGUUAUUUAUAGCUCAGGGCGAUAUCUUAUAUACUCGUAGGAGAAAAAAAUAACAAGUAGAUAGAAAUUAGAAGUAGGAAUUUUUUCUGUAUGUUCAAUUCAAUCCUAAGCAAAUUACACAUAAAAAAUCACCUAAAAAGUCUAAAACACAUAUAAAAUUAUCAACCGCGUUAGGAUUACGAUGCUUAAAUGAAGAUAAGACGAUUACUUGCUAUAGUGCCUAAAACAGGGUUGAAUUAUAUACGAAAUGAAAACAUUAACAAAAAAAUAGUCGAGGAGGAGGAUAAGCUUGAUAAGCUAUUUAUCAUUGCAAAAAAAGUCGAUAAGUUGCAUUAUUGAAUACUUGCUUAUCAAAAAUAUUUCGCUAUAUUAACGCAAACUUUAAAAAAGAUCAAAAAAAAGGAUUACAUUUUUUGGUACAUACACUUGCAUAAUAUUUAGUUUCGAAAUGAUAAGCGAUUUAAACGAUAAGAAGGUACCCACAUCAACAUAUAAGACACAUAACAUAUUAUGCUAAAUAUCAUGAAUUAUUACGUAUAAAAUAAUGAUGAUGAUUCGUGUAAUUAUAUCCGACGACGUGGAAUACAAUAAUAAAAAGAUUUUGAAAAAGUA